UCUUGAUCUAAUGAUUCAAUCAAAAUAUUACUUAUCUAAAAGCGAUGUUAAAAAAUUUCCUAACCACGAAAUUAAAAUCAACUUGAAUCGUUGACAAUUUUACUUCAAAUCACACGUGUUAUUCCGGUAUUAUUCGCAUCUUUUUACACUUUUCAAAUGUAUGUUUAAAUGAUUGCGAGACAAUCACGUUGAUUCAUUGAUUACCGAUUAAAAUUCGUCGUAAAUCGACAAAAGUAAUGGCAAUUGUUAUUGUUGUCGAGGUUAGAAAAUAUAGGUACGGCACUGUUGAUGACGUCACGAAGACAGUAUGGCCGGACAGCAUCGGCUGUCUGCAUUGUAACGUACGAAAAACGCUUUCCGGGGGUUCCACGGGGAUAAUUUAGAAAAUAUGUCGGAUUAUUUAAGAUCUGCUCUGGGAUACUUGAACGGAGCCGCAAACACCAACGAUUACGUCGGACAGAUACUGGAAAUCAACAAUGUGAAACUACGCGUGACCAGGCUACUUGCCGAGGAGGCUUAUAGCUGCAGACGAGGAUGCCAAUAAAAGCAUCAUUCAAGAGAUAGAAGUCUUGAAAAGACUGUCCGGCCACCCAAACAUAAUCCAGUACCUCUAUGCUCAGCGUUUGGAACGCGAAGAUCGUAAAGGAUAUGAGUAUUUAUUAGUAACGGAACUAUGUCCCGGAGGCACCGUCGCAGACAUGCUCAGAAAUUUAUCGACCAACACAUUGUCCCUUGCUCAGAUCUGUAAAAUAGCCUAUCAGGCUACGAGGGCUGUACAUCACAUGCACAGCCAGCAAUCAGAGCCACUGGUACACAGGGACAUAAAAUUGGAAAAUUUUUUAAUCGGUAGCAACGGUCUAAUCAAGCUCUGUGACUUCGGUAGUACUUCCAAUCAGCAAAUCUUGCCAAAUCCAUCCUGGAAUGCUCAGAAACGCGCCACCUUGGAGGACCAGAUGGCGAAAUAUACCACGCCCAUGUAUCGAGCACCAGAGAUGAUGGAUACGUGGAACAACGAGCCUAUUGGUCCUCCGGUUGAUUGUUGGGCGCUUGGCUGUAUAAUAUACUCUCUGAUAACCUUGAGACAUCCAUUUCCUGAAGGUAACAAGCUCGCAAUAGUCAAUGGCAAGUACGCUUCGCUUCCGCCUAAUCCACGUUUAGCCUGUUUGCACGACAUAGUAAAAGGAUGCCUUGAAGUGUCUCCAGUCCGAAGAUUGACGACGUCGAUGAUACUGGAGCGUUUGGCAGCAAUAGCCGAGUCUAAUAACUUCGAUCCCAGAGAACCCCCGAAAGUGGAAGUCCCGGUGAAGACCCCGCCGCCUCCUAGACCUGUUCAACCACCACCCAGCACGCCUACUCCGCCGCCGAGGCCGUCUCCUCCAGUGAACGUUCCUCCCCCAAAGCCUGUUUCGGUGGCUCAAACUGCCGUUGCCAAGGUCCCCGUAGCUCAACCGACAGGCCUAUUUAGCUCGUUGAAAGGUGGUGCUGGUAGUAUUUUAAGGAACCUAAAGGACACUUCAAGCAAAAUGAUGUACUCUGUGCAACAGAGUAUGGCCAGAACUGAGUUAGAUGCCAGUUACUUAACGUCACGUAUAUUAAUCAUGCCCUAUCCGGCGGAUGGGAUAGAGUCUGCUUACAGAGCUAACCACGUGGAGGACGUAAGAGCAUUUUUACAAGCUCGACAUCCUCCGCCAGCUCGUAUACAAUUGUAUAACUUAUCUCGGGGCCGACCGAACGUGUCCAGGCUUCCUGGCAGACACAUCGACUGUUCUUUUGCCUAUGCUUCCUCGGAUUCCAAUGCCCCGCUGUUGUCAGCUCUCUACCAAAUAUGCCAGGAUAUUUAUCGGUAUUUGAAUGCCGAUUUUAAUCACAUUGUUGUGUUAUACUGUAGCGAUGGAUACAGAGCCAGUGCGACGGUUGCGUGUACGUUACUGAUAUACGCUAGGGCGUUCACCACUCCCGAAGAAGCUAUAGCGAUGUUUACAACAAGACGACAGCCUCCUCAGUUGCAACCCUCGGAAUCACGUUGCAUUAAUUAUAUGAGUUUGCUGAGUACCGGAGUACAACCUCAUACGAAACCUCUGGCUCUUCGUUCUUUACUAAUUAAACCCGUUCCGCUGUUCACCAGAGCAAAGGAUGGCUGUAGACCUUAUAUCGACAUUUACAGCAACGGAGCUUUAGUAUUUUCUACUAAGCGGCAAGAGUACGAGAAUUUGAAACUGUUUGGAAUAAUGAAGGGAAAGGUUCAACUGGCUCUUAAUAAUGCCACCGUUAGAGGUGAUGUUACACUGGUUAUAUUCCACGCCAGGCAGCAGCUGGGUCGUAUGAUCGGCAUCAAGAUUGCAUCUGUUCAUUUUCACACCGGUUACAUACCGCUUGGUGAAUCUGACUUAACAUUCAAGAAAAUGGAUCUCGACGACGCGCCUGAAAUUGGCGGAAAUUUUAGUAUUAUUUUGGAUAUCAUGGUGGCCGAGGAGAAUCCAAAGAUGGCCAGAGUUCCAGCUCCUUGGGAAGCGGAAGCAGCCUCGAAAUUAGAACCAGAUCCGUUAUUCGGGUCCACCUUGGAAAUGGAAGAAACUUUGGAAAGCUUUAGAAUUGUUAAACCAGAAGAGGUUCAAAAGGAAGCGGCAGCUUCGCAAGCAGUAGAAGCACAAAGCAACGUUAACGUAGAAGAAGAAGAACCUCGACAAUCGAUAGAGGACGAGGAAGAGGAGGCAAAGGAGGAAAGCAAGCUGCAAGAAGCAGAUUUGUUGAAUCUGGGAAUGCCAGACACCAGUACCUUAAAUAAUACUCCAGAGCCUGCAGCAGCAAACCCGGGAUUAGAUAUAUUUUCUAACUCUAGUCAGAAAGAAAGCGAUCUCUUGGGAGGCUUCGGUGAUUUUAUUCAACGAGAAACGAAUAACACCGUGCCAACCAUUACCGAUCCUGUCCAGAACGAUCUGCUUUUUGGACACGAUCAGCCUACUACUAGGAACGAUAAUGCUAAUAAUAAUUUGAACGAUUUAUUCUUCAACCAGAGCCAGCCCACUACCAAGCAGAAUCUCGACGACUUGUUCGAUCCACUCGGUGGGAACACCGCGAAUAAUCUUUUAGGAAGUAUGCAAGGUUCUAAAUCAAAUACCGCGAAACCUCCGACUGAGGAGAACUUUCCGAGGAAUUCGAGUGUUCCGAACUUCGCAGCUCAGAAUAAGGAUCCGUUCGCGAAUCUUGCCAGCUCGCUAGGCGCUGGAUUAACGUCCAGUUGGAAUGGAACACCGAGGAACUCCAAUACUCCACAAUCCGCUAGUCCUGCUCCAGCUAGCACGCCGAUACACACGAGCCCCAGCACGCACAAAAAUGCAACUGGCGAGAGUAGCCAAGGAUACAAUUUCUUCAGUUCAAGGAAAGCGGAGAAGGACAGUCCGAAGACAAUAAAUCAAAUGAGGAAAGUGGAAGCUGCCAAGAACAUGGAUCCGGAUAGGUUGAAGAUUGCCGAGUGGACAGAAGGGAAGAAGAGUAAUUUAAGGGCUCUCCUGUGCUCGUUGCACACGGUUCUCUGGCCAGAGGCUGACAGGUGGCAACGAUGCGAGAUGCAUCAGUUAGUUUCCGCUGCGGAUGUGAAGAAAGCUUACAGGAAAGCUUGUUUGGCUGUGCACCCCGAUAAGCAAGCAGGAACGGCGAACGAAAAUAUUGCGAAACUAAUCUUCAUGGAACUGAACAAUGCAUGGAGCACAUUCGAGAACGACGCGUCACAACAAAAUCUAUUUAGUUAAUUAUUCCAAUUUGACUGUUAUACAUUCGUUAUGUCCACGAAAUUAAGGUAGUUCCUAGUGAAAAGAGAGACCCGAGAAUAUUAUUAAUUACUAUUAAUUGUAAGAUAUUAACUAUAUUAUUAUUAAUUGUAAGACAUGACUCUCCGUGUUGCAACAUUCCGGCUAAUGUUAUCUUAGCUGUAGUGAAAGAAAACAAAAAAAGAGAAAGGAAAAGAAGAA